CGUCACAUUGGUGUGAGUGAAAUCGCAAAUCUAAACAAAACAAACCAAUCCAAAGCAAGGCGAGAACCGUACCGAAGUGUGUAGCGCAGACAACGAUGGCUGAUACAGUAGCUGAAGUUCCAGCAGCAGCAGCUCCGGCUGCCGUGGCCAAGCCCCCGAAGAAAGCGAAGGCCGCCGCAGGACCCAAAAAGCUUAAGAAGCCAGCAACGCAUCCUCCGGUAAACACGAUGAUCGUGGCCGCCAUCAAGGCGUUGAAAGAGCGCAACGGCUCAUCACUGCAGGCCAUCAAGAAGUACCUGUCGGCCAACUACAAGGUUGACGUGGCCAAGCUGGGACCGUUCAUCAAGAAGGCGUUGAAGACGGGCGUGACCAGUGGCAAGCUGGUGCAGACGAAGGGCGUUGGAGCGUCGGGAUCGUUCAAGCUGUCAGCGGAGGCCAAGAAGCCUGCGGUGGAAAAGAAGAAGGCUGCAGUGCAGAAGAAGAAAUCGGCCUCGGCAGGCGAUAAAAAGAAGAAGACAGUGACCAAGAAGGCUGCUGGCGAGAAGAAGAAGAAGGUAGUAACUAAGAAGGCGGAAGGUGGUGCUGCUAAGAAGGCUAAGGCCACGACUGCUGCCAAGAAACCGAAGGCGGCAGCGGCCACCAAAGCCAGUGGAGCGAAAAAGGUUGCAAAGAAAGCAGUGAAAGCCCCAAAGCAGAAGGCGACCAAGCCCUCGAAGAAGACGGGAGCACCAAAGCCGAAGACGCCAAAGCCGAAGAAGGCCGCUGCGCCCGCCAAGAAGAAGCCCGCAGCGGCAGCGAAAAAGCCAACUGCGGCCAAGAAGUAAAAACAGCGAUUACUAUUGUUGGUAGACGCACAAUACGUGCUCUCUGCCAUCAGAUUUGUGUCCUAUAACAACAGUCCUUUUCAGGACUACAGCUUGAAUUACUAAAAGGUUAUUUUGGAUUAAUCGUUCGUAUGGCCAAUGUGUAAUUGGUCAAGGGCGGACAACGUUUUAAGAUUCCUUGAUCUCGACUCCAAUGAAGUUACAAAGUUUAUUUUAUAUUAUUGACAAACGUAACGUUUCGUAUUUGAACGUAAAGAAUGUACAUACAUGUUAAUUUUAAGGAAGAUAGGAGCUUCAAGUUAAGUACUGUACGUUGUGCUAAUAAACUUAUUAAACUGUAUCUAAGCAGUUGGCUUUUUCCAUUAUUUUCUAUAAUCCAUGGUUAAAUGGAACGUGGAAGAAAUAGGAAUUAUGGGUAGUAAAACACUACGCGCACCAUGCCUCAAAAAUCAACCACAUGCAAAUAAAAAGAAGGACACACUUAUGUUUGGGAUGGUACAAAAAAAAAUUUGGUAACACUAAAAAGAAUGGAACAUUACCCGCGUUGCCCAGCUUGUGAAAGGUGAACACCAAAUUACGAAUAUAGAAUUGAAAAUUGAAUAAAGCAUAAAAGGGCUGGAUGCCGAUAA